AUGUGGAAAAUAUCCUCACGGGGAAUAUCAACGAAUACACUGAGGUUUCAGUCUAGAGUUGCGUUUAAGCCCCCAUCGGCAUCGGCAUCGGCAUCACCAGCAACGCAGAAACCACAACAAUAUCCACAACAACAGCCACAACAAGAACUACAACAGCAGCCGGAAGACGCGACAUUGUUCAGUGAUGACUGGAGUAAGAGCUUUAGUGGCCUUUCCACCCAGCGCGUUGAACCUGAAGUGGAGAAGUUGCUCACACAACCAGUCGACCAGCUUGACGUUGAAGUGAAGCCCGAUGGCUUGAUAUACCUCCCUGAAAUUAAAUACAGACGCAUACUCAAUAAGGCUUUUGGUCCAGGUGGAUGGGGAUUGGCACCACGUACGAGCGUACAAGUCGAUAGUAAAAUAGUUAGCAGAGAAUACGCACUGGUUUGUGGUGGUAGACUAUUCUCCAUCGCUCGUGGAGAACAGGAGUACUUUGAUCCAACGGGAAUAUCAACCGCGACAGAAGCGGCUAAAUCGAAUGCACUCAUGAGAUGCUGCAAGGAUCUUGGAAUUGCCAGUGAACUCUGGGAUCCUCGAUUCAUACGCGAAUUUAAAGCAAAACACGCUAUUGAAGUUUGGGGUGAAGAUCGCAGUGGUAAAAAAAAGAAGCUCUGGCGUCGCAAAGAUAGCCCAAAGCUAACAUAUCCAUACAAGGAAGCGUAA